AGUUGGCUGAUGGAAAUUUUGGUUGCGUCAUUGGAUCGUGUCAAUUUUCCAGCGGUUGAAAUCAAUAGUGCCAGAAUAGGUUGUAUAUUCUAUCUGCUUGAGCAGAUAUGCAGACCAUUAAACCACAAUUCAUCUUUGAGGAAAAUAAGUUGUUUUAUAAUGACAAUUGGUUUAUGAUAAAGCGAAUUUUGUCUAUGGAUCUGUUGUUGGUAGCGUUGUGUUGUUGGAUGCGAGUCUGCCACUGACUCUUAAAUUGGCGGUCCGCCAGCUCUUUUUUCUCGUUUGUUCCAGCAGACGCGCAGCAGUCCUCAUGUCAGCAAGCGAUUUGUUCACCCAAGCUAACGAAGCAUUUUUCGACGAUGACUAUGACGAAGCUCUAUCCUUAUACACCCAAGCAAUAAAGCUUGAACCUGAGAAUCCAGAAUUCUAUCUCAAACGCUGCAUUGCAUAUGAGAAGGUCAAGAAAAAUGACAAGGCGCUUGAGGAUGCAAAUAAAGCCAUGGAGAUCCUUGAAACCAAACAGGGCUCCAGAACUCAGCUAGCUAAGGCACAUUUACGGCGAGGUAUCUCACUCUAUCAUUCCAAGAAAUACCAUGAGGCUAAAAAGGAUCUUAUGGCAUCCAAAGAGUUGAACGCUACGGAAAAGACUUUGGUGACUUGGAUGCGUAGGGUGGAUGAUGAGUUGGCCAAACUUCCACAGCAAUCACCUGUGGCAGAGGAACCAAAGCCAACAGUGGCGCAACCCAGUCCAGCGGCCGAUGUGGGGACACCAAUUCAAGAGAGAGCAAGGCAUGAUUGGUUUCAAAAUGAUGAUUUUAUCAUCUUGGAAAUUUUCAUCAAGAGCGUCAAGAAGGAGGCUAUUGAUGUUGGAUUCCAUGAGCGGUCCUUGUCGGUGACCAUCAAAAUGCCUAAUGGAUCAGAUUACUCUUUAGAGUUGGAUCCUCUGACCCACGAGAUUGAUCCAAGUCAAAGCAAGUUUGUACCAUUGUCAACCAAGGUUGAGAUCAAGCUGAAGAAGAAAGUGUCUGGCAUUAAGUGGGGAAUGCUGGAAGAAACCAUUGCGGCGCCGUGGACCUCAACCAAACGACGGGACUGGAGUUCAUUGGAAAAAGAGUUUACGGAUGAACAAGACAAAGCAGAAGGCGAUCAGGCGCUCAAUGCUCUUUUCCAAAGUAUAUACGGUAAUGCUGACGACGAUGCCAAACGUGCUAUGAUGAAGAGUUUUGUAGAGAGCAAUGGAACUUGCCUUUCCACCAAUUGGAACGAAGUGUCUCAAGCACAGGUUGAGACCAAGCCUCCGGAAGGCAUGAUCGCCAAGAAGGUGAGCUAAGCAAGUGAUAAGGUGACAAAAAGAUAUCAAGUGACUAAUCGCUGAUGUGAUGUUGUAGUAUUCUUGAAAUAACUUGCAUUUACCGAACUCGCCGGCUCACUUUUUGGACAUUUGAACGGCAGCAGGUUUAGAUCGGACCACAUGUAAACUGACACUCUCACGAAAUAAAAACGAACCAAUGUUUUGAGAUAUGUAUAAAAUAUAUAUUAC